AUGGACUCUCAACUCGGAGGCGGUUACCUGAGCUUAGAAGCAACUGGCCAUUUCGUACUACUUCUCUGUAUUGUAUACUUACUCUGCAAUGUAACUUUUACUAUCUUCUUCAAUCCGCUUUCGCGUCUGCCAGGCCCAUGGAUAUCUUGCUGGUCAGACAUGAUUGCGAAGUAUCACUGGCUAAAGGGCACACGAGCGCAAUACGUCCACGAUCUCCAUCAGCAAUAUGGCCCAGUGGUGCGAAUAGGCCCUCACGAGGUUGACAUUUCCGACAUGACAGCAGUCAAGGAGAUCCAUCGCGUCAAAGACGGCUACAAAAAGGCGGCGUUUUACAAGAACCUCGUUCCCAACACAAACAACCUCUUCAACACCCUUGAUGUAGAGUUCCACCGUCACCAUCGACGCCUACUGUCCUCGCCCCUCUCCGAAUCAUCGCUCAAGGCUGUGGAGCCAACAGUUGACGCUUAUGUCAAGAUGGCAAUUGAUAGUAUGAAGCGUGAGAUGGAUGAGCGCGGAGCAGCUGAUGUAGCCAAGUUCUGGCUGUUUAUGGCCACGGAUAUCAUCGUCGAACUCAGCUUUGGGGAGUCCUUCGGUAUACUGGAACACGGUAAAAAAAGCCAAUACAUCAAAGACCUGGAAGGUCUAGCAGCCAAAGGUUCCAUUCGAUCAACAUUCCCAACCCUCAUAUCCCUCGCGACCAAGCUCCCCCUGCCAGUCUUCAAAGAAACCGUUGCUGCCGCGCAACGCAUCAAAGACUACUCCGCCGAGGCCGUUGCACGCUACAAGACAAAUUUCACAAAUAACCCAGCAGCAGCCAAGCCUAUGUUGUUCAGAAAGCUUUUCGAAGCUGGUGAAGAUGGUCUAUCAGAUGAAGAAAUUCGUGCUGAGGCGCAGGCGUACAUCGUCGCUGGCUCAGACACUACCGCGACGACGUUGACAUACCUUAUAUACUCCGUCUGCAGUUAUGUUGAUGUUCAACAGAAACUGGUCAAAGAGCUGAUGGAGCUACCCGAUGACUUUGGUCACAGUGACUUGCGCGAUCUUCCGUAUCUGAACAACGUUAUCGAUGAGACGCUUCGUCUCUAUGCAGCAGUCCCUGCAGCCUUGCCUCGCGUCGUGCCCAAUGGGGGCGCUCACCUUGCAGGCUACUUCAUUCCUGGUGAUACAGUUGUUUCAACGCAAGCCUGGACCUUACAUCGCGAUCCGCGGGUAUUCCCAGACCCAGAGAAAUGGGACCCGUCGCGCUGGGAGAAGGGUAGCAAGAUGAUGCACGAUGCCGUCAUGCCAUUCGGUGGAGGCUCGAGAGUCUGUAUCGGGAAGCACCUUGCGCGAAUGGAGCUUCGCUUGGCCAUGGCGAGAUUUUUUCGUGCUUUUCCAAAGGCCAAGGUUUCUUCCAUUGAGGGCAUGUCGGAAGAGGAUAUGGAGCUGCGCGCGUACUUUCUUUUGUCGCCAAAGGGAGGACGGUGUCUGAUUCAGCUGGAAUAA